ACCCCGGCCAACGAAUCAGACGGAAAAUCUGUUGCCAUUGCCAAUUCCCUCCCCUGCCCAGUGCGAUCUCCGGCCGGUGUCGGUGUCGGUGUGUGUGCCGCCUUGUUUCCGCCCCGUCCCCCCCGUCCCCGCGUUUGUAUCGUGGUCUCUCCCAAGUCCAAACCCUCCUCCGCCUCCCCCUCGGAACCGCCGCUCCCUGGUCGGCCGGCGGCAUGAGCCGCGCAUCACCGUGGACGCCGGCGAACCUCCAACCAGAUUGUCGCGAGGAUAAGAAGAGGAGAUUACCCCAAGGUCACACCGGAGAGGUAAACAGCAGCAGAUCAGCACAUGAAGAUCUUGACGACAUGUUUGCGUCGCUGUCCAUCGACAGCGUCCUCGCUCAAGAAAAUUCAGGAGAGCGUCCCAAGGACAGGAAGAGAAAAUCAUGCCAAGAAAAUGCUGGAAAUUUGACUAACGCUUUACCGGAUGAUGUUUUGGAAAACAUGUUUGCGUCGCUUUCGAUUGAUUCUAGAGUGACAAGUACUGCUUCCAUGAGAUCGGGGAAAGGAUCUUUUAUUAUUCUUGAUGACAAUAUUCUUGCUGGAGGUAAUUCAGAUUGCACCACCACUUCCACUGACUCUAGGAGGCCAAGGUCAGAGGUAUUCAUUGAAAGGGUAAAUGACCUGUUGCUGCGCCAUGUUGGAACUCGUGUUCGAGUGUUCGAGAUUCGUUUUGAUUUGAACUCCACUCAUGCUGCCCACCUUGACAAAUGGGUCCAGUUUGCGUCAGAGGCGGGUGCACAAGAUGUGAAACUUAGCUUGUGUAAAAACACGACAUCUUGUCCGGAGCAUUUUGUGACUGCAAAUCGUUAUAACUUCCCUUUGCAUUGCUUUGGCGAUGGGCGACAAAGAUCCUCGAUGCGGAAGCUAGACCUGACGAAUUGCAUAUUCACGCCACCGCCGGAUUCCGGUGCCUUUUCCUCCCUUGUAUGCCUUUAUCUAGUACGUGUCACAAUAACCGACUCCGGCAUCCAGAACAUUUGCUCUUGCUGCCCUAUUCUCCGCCAUUUGAGACUGGCACGAUGCGACAAUCUGGUUAAUGUAAGGAUUUCCCAUGAAGUGCUGAUAUGCUUGGAUAUAUUUCGUUGCAAAAAGCUGGUGAGUGUUGAGAUUCACGCCACCUGCCUACUCAUCUUCGAGUAUGAUGGACGUGAGGUACACAUCAAUUAUGCUAGUACACCCAGUAUGAGGUUUUUGGUAAAUAAGUUCGGGCAUCAAAAUGGUUAUCUUUCGGACGGUGUAGAAGGCAUGAAAAGGAUCAGAAAAAUCACCUUGACAUUUCUUUGGCCAUCGGAGAAGCCCAGUUAUACACUCUACGCGAUCAAAUUCACAGCAAUACAGUUCAUCAACCUAUUUAUUUUGCCAUCUUGGAAUAAUGUUCGUGGAGUAGCUUAUCUCGUCAAGGCAACUCCUUAUCUUAAAAGACUCCGGCUAGAAGCACGCAGCGGAGACCACCAUUACCGGGACGACGUCCAGGUCAGCUGGCCUGAGGGCAUCUCUCUCAAGAGGCUCCGUUUCAUCACCGUGGGCGGUUUCGCCGCCCAGGCCCCGCUGGUCGAGCUCUUGGUGUGCAUGGUGCACGCGGGCGCCCGGUCGAGGAGGACGUAUCUCCAGAUCGACCCGCACCACCAUCUCUGCAAAGGGCUGGGCCGGUGGGUCAGGGAGGACGUCGGCGACAAGCCCGCGAGGGACCGCGUGAGGGAGGCCGCCAGGGAGACCCUCCGCUCCAGGCUCCCGCCGUCCGUGAAGCUUGUCAUCAAAUGAUUCGCGUGUGAUCUUCCUGUGAUUGGUAGAAGCGCGCCUCAGGGUGAUGAUUUUUCGUGCUCUUUUUCGUUCUGUUGGCCUGGCUAGUGUCGUGUGCCGGCAACAGUUGGAUUCAGUUGGCUUGGAAAGCUCAGGACUGACUGACGAAUUAUGGAGAAACAUGGGACGUGCACAUUCUUGUCUGUAUGGUUUAUGUAGACUGCAGAGACUGAAUUGAGCUGUGAAAUCCGAGGCAGGCGACGGUGCGAACCGCGCGUGUCUUUUUUUUCCAUCUCUAUAUAUAUAAUAUCAGGACGUGCAUAUCUGAAACCUGAAGCUAGCGGAUACGAGUUCCCGUCUUAAGCUUGGUCUCACUCGAGCUCAGAGGAAGCUCCAUAAUACGCAGCUCUACAAGAAUGUUGAGACAUGAAGAAAUUAGCCUAGAACAGAGUAGCUUCUGCCCCUCUAUCGAACCGUGUGCAGGUGCGCGCUUGUCUGCCUGUCGAGUUGCAAGAUGAAAUGUGCACUUCCUCUAUCCGGAUAUAUAGGCAUAAUAUGCACUCCCUCCGUACCAUAACAUAAAAUGUUACUACAGCCAAUUUAUGAGCAUAUCAACAGAAAGAACAUCUUAUAUUAUGGGACAGAGGGAGUAUUUUGCAACCCAAGAUAUAUCCUUGAUCUUGUCGAUGGUCAAACCAAGGGAGUACAAAAGGUAGAAGCUGAGCUUGAAAGAGGUUUUUGGCUCUGUUAGAUGUCCGUCCUCACUCUUUGCUCGGCUAUGUGGGCUGGUUUCUCGCGUGUCAUCAUGGAUGAUAGAUUGUUUCCGCACGACGUUUCUCUUUCAGUCGCUGCACCCAUCCUUCGGGAACAAGGGAGAGAUCUUCCAGUUUUUCAAGCAAGCAUGUUACUAGUAGGAUUGUCAAUAUCCCGCAAAAAAAAAAAGAGUAGGAUUGUCUUAUUUAUUUAUUUAUUUAUUUGCGG